ACAGUGGCUGUCUGUCUGGUGCCCAAGAAAGUGAAAGAAAGAAAAGUGGCUUUGGCUUUGGCUCUUUCGAAAGCUUUGCUCCGCGGAUUCGUUCAGUCUAUGUACGACGAGGGAAUUAUUAAUGAGCAAUUCUAUCAAGUACAAGCCCUGAAAGAAGCUAUUAGACCUGACUAUGUCUUGAGAACCGUCACUAGCUACUGCGUUUCUGCUCAAAGUUUAUUCUCUACUUUGACCUCUCAAAUCAACAAAGAGAAUGUUGAUUUCUACGAUAUCCAUGCUUCAGCUACCAAUCUUUAUGAGAAAACUAGUUGUAUUAGUGCUCAAAAUGUCAAGUUGGUGUGUUCGGAACUUAUUCGUGCUAGUGAGGAAUACGAGGAGCGUUGCAUGCGGGCUCUAAAUGGUGCUAAGAAUGAAUUUUCACAGCUUAAAUGAAAAUUUGACUCUUUUGCAGAUGGAGAGGAAAGUGAUUGACCUAGAGAGUGCGCAGUGGAAAGAAUCUGGAAUCUAUCAUUAACAGGUUUUUCAGGUUGGUGCUGCUUACAAAGUCCACAUCUUGGUUAUUCAAGUUCAAACUUCAUAGCGUGUUAUGUCAUUUCAAAGUUGUACUUUUGUCAACAAUGGGGUCGUAAAUGAUCAGUUCUCACAGGUCCAGACUUUAAAGAGUGUCAACGGACCUGAUUUUGUUGUGCAGUUAGUUGAUACGUACUUUGCUGAGAUGGAAACACUCUUAGCAGAACUUUCAAGCCACAGUGAUUUACCGGCUCUCGACUUCUCCAAGUUGGCUGUGUUGGCUGGAAAAGUAAAGGAUUUAAGCUCCUGCAUGGGUGCUGAACAUGUGAGGCUUUCUUGUGCUAAUCUCAUUCAAGCUUGUGAUCAAAAGAACAAACAAAAUUUCUCCCAAGCCCUAAUUUGGAUGAAGAACGAAUUUAGUCAGACUCGUAUUAAGCUUGAAGCCUAUGCUCAGAUGGAACGUAGGAUUAUAAGAGUACAAAGAAGGCAACAAAAGUAAUGCUUAUUAGCCCAUCUCCUAGAUAUAUAUAAUUUCGCGUUCAGCUGUGUGGAAGGCUUUCGGAUUCUAUUUUACCUUGCGGAACUGAUGUGAACAAAUGCCCGUAGUUUCGGACUUUAUGCUCCUUUGCACCUCUCUCUCUCACUCACACUCAGAUUAAUGUUGGCGCUUUAUGUCUGCGUAACCUAUAUUUUGGUUAAGAAGGGCCUAUAUUUUGGUUAAGGACUUGUUUAUUAAGAUACCAUCUUAUCUUUAGAAACUAGGGUUGUUCUUUUAGAGUGUAAUUUGAGUGUAG